AUGGGGAAUGCUAAUGCUGCAACAUGCGAAGUCUGCAAAAUAUCCCUCGAUACACCUCAGUUGGGGGACGACACUGACGUCAAAAUUUCUCUCUGCCCUCGUUGUCGUUCUGAAUGGGAGUGCGACCUUUCCAGUAUCGCGUGGUUCAAAGAUAGUGAACGCGAUCCCCUACGUGUCGAAAGAAUCGAUGUGCCAGUUCUUCGCCCAGACUCUCAAGAAUUGGGGGCAUUGAAGGAAAUCGACUCUACCUCGGUGUGA